AUGUCCACCAACAAGACCCGAUCCUACAAUGGAUGCUGGACCUGCAGGCGCCGCCGAAGAAAAUGUGAUGGCGGUCGACCUAACUGCGGAGUCUGCCGCGAGCGAAAUCUUCCCUGUGAAGGCUACGAAGUGCGCUUACGUUGGGGAACUGGGAUAGCAUCUCGAGGCCGUUUCACUGGCGCAGAGAAGCCCACGGACGAUAAUGUGCUACCUAGGCCCCCGGGAAGACGGAGGAAACCUGGAAUGGUAGAGCCCAACACUUUUUUGUCCAAUUCACAGCAGGUUUCUUUAUACAAGACAAGCCCUGCUCGCCAGCCCACCCCCAGUCCCGAUUCACCAAGUUCAAAUGUUGCAUCUGCUGUCGAUCCAAUCGUUAUCGCAUGUGAAAAUCGAGCUGUAUCGCCUGAAGAGCAAACUCUUUUCCAAGAAUGUAAUUUUUUAAUACCCCCUGCCUCGGCCCAGACCUCUGCAUACGAAAUCUCAAAAGGAGCUGUUGAAUUAAUUGUCGAUUCUGGCAGCAGAUCCCUUUUUGCUGCACAGAAAAAAGCAAUAAAUCUAGUCGACUCAUUGCAUACUUUAUGUGAGGAGUCUCGGGCAUGCUACAAGAUCUGUGUUGCCUUGCAAGCAGCCCUGACAUGCGAUUCAAAUGCUCAAUUUUUUGAGUACUUUGAUUGUGCUUUACGCAAUUUACGCAAUGAGCUGGCUAGUAGUGAAGCCAGGCUCAAAAACGGCACUAGUUUAGCGUGUUGUUUGUUAUGUAGCAUAUGUGUAAGUCCACCUGAAAGCUGUCUAAUGCUUUUUUAUACUCAUACAGUCAUUUUUCAGUUGAUCAAAGGAAUGCCGUGGACUUGUCAUAUCAAAAGCCUAUGGGGUGUUAUAGAAGGCUUUCAUUGUAUCAGUUCGUUGAAAUCCAAUGGCCCGAUGACAUGCAGCCUGCUGGAGAUAAUGGGAAUACUGGAGAUGCCAUGUUGCAUCCUGGGUCGCCAGUCUUCAUCAAUACAUAUCUGGUACCGAUAUUGCCGGUCCAAGUCCUCUACAGACGAUGAAAGAGACAGUAUUGAGCCAAUCAGCGGCAUCCCCCGCUCGCUUCUGGACCUUUUAUCUGGCAUUGAUUUUGACACAACAGAGAAAGACUUCUUGGAUUGGCCGGGGGAAUUAGGAAGUUUUGACGAGAUACAAUUGUGGGAAUCCUAUCGAUGCGCAGGUGUAUUAUCAUCGCGCCGAAAAAACGCCAAGGCCCCUGGACGUGAUGAUAAAACUGCUGCUACUUCAUUCAUUACCAAUACGCCUCGGGGGGAUGUUCUCGUCAAUCGCUUAUUAACCGGGAUAGAGGCAAUUGUCAGACGCAAAGCAGACAUGAGCAAAGACGAACUUCUGAUUAUCAAUGCAUUACAAUACCCUUUAUUCAUCGCAGGCUGUGAGUUGGAAAUCAUGCAUCAUAACCCUGAGUGGAAAGCAUUUAUAGAACGAGUUUUUGUCGAUGAGCUGGUGUCCGAUAGAUAUUUGCAGAAUAUAAAGCUAUUGGCUUUGCUCAAAGAGCUGUGGAAAGGCAAAUCCGAGGGUCUUGAAUUUGAUGCGAACCAGUUGGCGACGCAACAGGGGCUGGAAUUGGGGUUUUUAUGA